AUGUCUGCGCCUACCUCUGCUACGAGUGAGAUGCCCACGCGCAGUCUCACAAAUCGAUCUGCCGACGAAGAUGCUAUUCCAGGAGAGGAUACCUCAGAGGUCACGAAGCUGUUUGCAGAGCGAUUGCAAGCUUGGAAACACGCCGUUGCGUACCUCGAAGACUAUGUUACCGCAACCGAGAAGACGAACCACGCACACGGCAAGGAGUAUGAGCGAGUCUUGAAGACGGUCAAGGAUCCCCUGAAAGAGGGCCACCACUUCGACCAGUCGCUCGGCGGUGUUGCGGGCAUGUUCGAGAACAUCAGGUCCAACACCCAGGGCAUCUCCAACCAACACUACGAGACCGCGAAGCAGCUGAAAGGCGCCGUCCUCCCCAUCUUCGACCGCCUGCACACUGAGAUCAAGAACAAGAGCAAGGAGCUCACAAAGGGAGCCGGAAAGGGCAGCAAGGCUGUCGACAAGGCUCGCCAGCACACCCAGAAACACAUUGAGCUUCUUGGUCAGCACACCGCAGUCUUCGACUCGCACAGCGGCAACAUGAAGGCCACCGACGACCCCUACAUUCUCCAACGCGGAGUCAACCACCGUCUGUACAAGCAAGUGCAGGAGGAGAACAACAACCGCCAGGACCUGAUCAGUGUGCAGAACUCGUUCGCGCAAUUCGAAGCCCACAUCAUCCAGACAAUCCAGCAUGGCAUGGGCCAGUUCCUGCAGGUCGUCAACACCCAAGCCGAGCACACCAAGGCUGCAUACUCCGACAUGGUCGGCACAUCCCAGCGCAUCCCUCUCGACUUUGAGUGGAAUGGCUUCAUCCAGCGCAACAACACCGUCCUGAUCGACCCCUCAGCCCCGGCCCGCAAUGUCUCUGACAUCAGCUUCCCCAACCAAAACCACCGCUCCACCCAGCCACUCAUAUCCGGCUCUCUCGAAAAGAAGGGCAAGAUUAUGCGCUCCUACGACACAAACUACUAUGUCGUUACUCCCUCCAAGUUCCUCCACGAGUUCAAGACAGACGACGACUUCGCUAAGGACCCAGUCCCCGAACUGUCUCUCUACAUCCCCGACUGCGUCAUCGGUGCCGUCAACGGUCAGAAGUUCAACGUCAAGGGCAAGGACGUGUCCAAGGGCAAGAUUGGCGGUGCUUUCUCCAUGACACACGAGUUCGCGUUCAAGGCACACACUCCACAAGCUGCAGAACAAUGGUGGGACGUUAUCCGCCAGGCAGCCGGUAAGGUGACCAACGAGGCACCGUCCAGCGUACCUACCAGCCCCGUCUCCGGCGACACCAGCCCUCAGAACAUGUUCCCUGAAGAGAAGACGCAACCCGCUCCUAUCCAAACCCAGGGUCUAGAGAAGACUGGUACCAACGUCACCGACCACGCCAGUGCGCCAGGCUCCGCUGUGCCAGGAAGUGCGACUACGGCGCCCUCUAGUGCUGUCCCAGGCGAGCCAGGAAAAUACUAG